AUGUCAGCAAAACCACCGGCUGCGAGCCAGGAAUUCAAGCCCAGACCCCUCACAGACUCCGAACUGAACCACUUCAACACCAUUCCAUGGGCCAAAUCAAUACUACAGCAAUCCCUAAACCUGCAGGGAGAUAGCAGUGAAAACAGCGAAUAUGUCGCUUUCAACAUGCCUGCUAGGGUGUACAAAGACUACACCGACGAGGAUGGGUAUUUCGCAGGAACCCUAGGCACAAACGAAACAAUACCAUACUUGGUAACAUUAUGUCGUCGCGACCUCAAUCAAGUUUCGGCAUCUCUACCUACAAAACCACCAGCGGCUGCGAAUGAUCCUAAAUCAAAAGGCACAUUUACUCCCUCACGGCCACCGGAUAUAAUCCAGCUUGUCUCAAUGUCCGCGCCGGGACUGAGUGGACAUCCCAACACCACACACGGGGGUGUCAUUGCAACGCUGUUCGAUGAGGCCAUGUCGCAUACCAUCGAGGCUCAUUUAUUGGCUUUGACGCCGUCGAGAUCAAGCACUGAUCCCCGGGAAAGAGAUGCGAUAUAUACGGCGCAAUUGAAUGUGCGAUACAGGAAGCCAGUGUACGCACCCGGAUUACUGGUCAUUAAAAGUUGGUGUCUUGCUCGUGAUGCACGCAAGUUCUGGGCAUUGUCGCAUGCGGUUCAAGAGGAGGAGGAGGAUGGUGAAGGGCAAUUGAAAUGGGCUAAAAAUAAGAUGGUUUGUGCAGAAGCGUCGUCUUUGUGGGUUAUUACGCGGAGCGAGAAGCUUUAG